UUUCACAAUACAAUUGAAGACAUAUCUUAAAAUAUAGCACACUUCUCUCUCAAUUAAUGUAAUGAAAGGAGUAAAUUGUCAAAACAUCACCUAAUGUAUCGUCAGCCAUUUUCCCCAACUGAUUCUCUCUUGUGCAUCAUUGAUCUUUAUGAGAUCACUCUUAUCAACUUGUGACAAAAUGAUAACAGCAAUGUUUUGUGUGAAUCGAAUAUUACUAGAAUAAAGGAAACUGUGCUUUUUCAAGUGAAACAACUGAACUUAACAAUGGAAGUUAAUAAAAAGUACACAGUAUUAGUAACCGGAUUUGGUCCAUUUGAUAAUCAUAUCGUUAACGCUAGCUGGGAAGCUGCAAAGGAAUUAAGUAAACUAUGCAUUAACUCGAAAGAAUUGAUGGACGUUGAAGUAAUCGUAAAAGAGAUUCCAGUUUCGUAUGAAGAUGUAACUAAAUAUGUACCAAAGUUUUGGCAAGAGUAUAAACCUAUAGUGGUUCUACAUUUAGGAGUAAGUCGCCAAGCGCGAUGUUUAACUAUAGAAUGUCGUGCUCAUAGUAAUGGUUACUUAAGAAAAGAUAUAUUUAACAAAUGUCCAGACGAAAGUAAUAUUGAAUCUGAAAUUUUUGAAACUAAAAUCAACGCCAAACAAAUUUGUAACAUAAUUAACGAAAGUUCAGACAAAACAAAAUGCAAUGCUUGUAUUUCAUACAAUGCAGGGAGAUAUUUAUGUGAAUACAUAUUUUAUAAAUCUCUACAGAUUGCACCUAAAAGGACACUAUUUGUUCAUGUUCCAGAUUUCAAUCAGUAUUCAAGUGUACAAAGUGCAAAAGGUUUAUAUGAAAUUUUAUAUUAUAUUAUCGAGGAUAUGAAAAAACAAUAGACAAUAAGCUUUAUAAUAUAAAAGUUAUAAUUGUAUGUGUGUAUGUCCAAAGUAGUAUUUAAUAAAUCACUAUUUAAAAUAC